AUGUCCAGUGACAACCCUUACAACGUUGAUCGGCAUGGCGUAUUCGAUGGAAAUGGAUACAAAUAUGACCAAUUAAGCUUCAAUUCAUUUGACCGGAUUGAUUUUAUGAAUUAUUCAUCCUACUAUGGCACAGAGAAAAGUGCUGUAAUUGACCCUAUACUCGGAAGCCCUAAUUUUGGUUCAUUGUUGUAUGGAAACACCAUUGAUUAUGUUAAUUCUGAAUUAGUCGAUACGGAUUCUCAUGUUCUGGCGGAUAACACGGAUAUGAUAUGUAACAAUGUUAUUAUGGUUGAUUCCGGUAAAGAAUAUACCCAUAAUGUAGAUGUGAAUACAUCAGAAUCAUUUUCAACCCGUUAUUCUGAAUCGACUUAUGAUGUCUCACAAUCGUACAACAAUAUAUCACUUAGUUACAACAUGGAUUCUCUAACUGAAUCUAUGCUCAAGCAAAUUGAGACUCCGCGGCUAUGCCCAAACUUUGAUGUGGAUAGUGUUCCUGAUUUGACUCAAUUAAACCAUUUAGACCAGCAGAUGAUUCAGAGAUUCUACGAUGUUGGUGUAGCUAUCAGUCCUACAUUACAAAACACCGCAGUAAGCAAUGUUUCAGCUGAUGGAUAUUAUAAUUUGGAAGAAAAUGUCUUGGUAGAUGCAAUGACAGAUGGAUAUAUAAUUGAUUCUAUACCUCCACUGAGCAUACCUGGCUCUCCUUAUGCGGCUGCCUUCUAUGGAAAUCUUAAGAAGAAACAUGAACUACGCUUCAAAGUGCCAGCAAUUAGGCGUAGAGGCAAAAGAUCCGAGGUUGAUGAUUCUAGGGGUUCCCUGAAUUCCAAGGGUCCCCCAGUAAGCCAACAUGGUAAGAAUCCACAGCAAUAUCCGACCAAGGCCAACAAUGGCAAAACAAAAAAUAAUCAAAAAGGUGGUUUAGGAGGCAUUCCAGGAUAUAAUUGGAUUAAGGAUUCAUUCUUUAACUAUCAAGUUCUUGGAAAUGUUUUAACCAUUGCCCAAGAUCAAACGGGAUGUAGAAUGUUGCAAAGACAAUUGGAAUACAAUGAUGAAAAUUUUAUAGCUUCCAUACUAGACGAGGUCAUUGAUCAUUUGGUAGUUCUAAUGACAGAUCCAUUUGGAAAUUAUUUAUGCCAGAAACUCAUGACAGUUUGUAGUUCUGAACAAUUAGGCAGGAUAAUAAAGGGGGUAGAGAAGGAUUUCCUUUCAAUUUGUUUGAAUAUGCAUGGUACUAGAGCCAUACAAAAACUUAUCGAGGUCGUAACUGAGCCUGAACAUAUAUCAUUUGUGACAAGCGUAUUGAGUACUGCUGUUGUUGAUCUUGUCAACGAUUUAAACGGUAACCAUGUCAUUCAAAAGUGUUUGAUAUCUUUGAAAAGUGAGGACUGUGAGUUCAUUUACAAGGCUAUGAAUGAUAAUUGUGUAUACCUAGCAACACAUAGACAUGGGUGCUGUGUGAUGCAGCGCUGUAUUGAUGCAGCUAAUCCCCAGCAGAGAAAUAUGUUGAUUGAUACCAUAUCCUCAAAGACAUUGGACUUGGUAGAAGAUGCAUUCGGUAAUUAUGUUAUCCAGUACGUGUUGCGAUUGAAAGAUGAUGAAAUUAAUCGCCGUAUAGUGGUAGCUCUGGCAGAUAAUGUCACAGAAUUUGCUAAACAAAAAUUUAGUUCUAAUGUAGUUGAGCGUUGCUUAAUAUUUUGUCCUCUUGAAGUUAGGAGUAUUUUGAUUUCUAAGUUUCUAAAUGUACCAUUUGAUGUGCUCAAAGAAUUGAUUUUGGAUCCCUUCGGUAACUACGUUAUCCAAAGAGUGUUGAACGUUGCUCAAUCUGAUGAACUUUCAGCUUUAUUAGAUAGAAUACAACCACACUUGGAAGAACUUAAGGUGGCAUCUUCUGGAAAACGUAUCGCUGCCAAAAUAACUAAAAGACAAUAUACAUGUUCUGACAAUUCUAACAAAAAUGUAGACUAUAAUCAAGGAUCUCAUGCUACUGCUCGCAAUACAGAUUCUAAAGACAGGAAUAUUGCCAAUUCCGCAAAUAGCAGGAAUAUACCUUCUGACAACAGAAAUGCUUAUGCAGUGAAUAACCCAAACAUGUACACUAUUGAUGACCAGAACUUAUACCCUGUGGGGAAUGCCAACGUAUAUUCGGUCAACAGUCCGAAUUUAUAUACAAUAGUAGGGAGUCACACCCAAUCGCCAAUGAUCGUGCCUCAAUAUUAUCAAUCCGAUGUGAACGUAGUAUAUGACAAUGCGCUCUUAGGCACUGAUCAGUUAUUUCCGAAAUAUUUAGCGAAUGAAGAUCGGUUGGAGCCUGUGUAUGCAGAAUGUUCUAUCUCUUCUCCAUUAUUUGGAGCUAGUCACUACAACUCUAUGAUCAAUCACAACUUGUGGAUGAGUUAAUUGUAAUAAA